GAUUGCAGUUCUGCUUGUGUCUCACAGGUCUACAUGCCCAGGGGGAACAAGAGCCACAACAGAUCUGAGCAAUUCGAUAUUUCAGCAGUACUUAAUUUCAUGAAUUUUUGCAAGCAUUUUAAUAAAUUUGGAAACAACCGUUUUAUUUCAGAGGUCACCAACGUGAGGAACCAGAUGAUGCAUUCUCCUGACAUGAAGGUGCCAAAAAAGGACAUGGAGAAACAUUUUGGGAAAGUCCUUCAGUUUGUCGGACAUCUCCAGAAACAUGCUAAAGGGCUGGAGAAGCUCACCGAAGUUCUGGAACAGCUUCAGAACACAGAGCUGAGUGUCGCUCUUGAGGGCGACAAUCUCAAUGUUACAAGCUUAAAGGAAAAUAUUCAAACCUUGUUUAGAGUGCAGAAUAUGCAAGACCUGGAGCAGAACAUUUUCAAGGAAAAGCUUCAGCUUUUAACUCACCGCCUGGAGGAAGACAAACAAGCAGUUGAGAAUGGGGAGAUUGAGGGAAUCAGGACGUUCCUCGAACAGAACAAGGACCUUCUGGAGCAGCUGGGUCCACAAGUCCAGAAGCUGAAUGAGAUCCAAACAAAAGUAGACGAGCAUGAGCAACAGCUCGGCACACUAGCUGAGAAGGUUGACAACCUCGAAAAAAAGGCCAGUGAACCUGUUUUAAGUGCAGAAGUGGUGAAGUAUAAAAACCAUAUCCUGGAAGAGGCUAGGAAGCGCAACUGGAAAACGCCACAGUUCUCAGAAAAAUACCACCCAAAAGGUUAUAUAGGACAGCUGGAGAUUAAUGGGCACAAGUUUGAGGGGAAGAUAAUCCAGCUCAACAAGAUAGCAGCUCAUCAGGAGGUAGCAAAAAUGGCCCUGGAGCAGCUGGAGCAGCUGUCAAAGGAGGGUCCAGCCGCCCCCUCAGCUGACCGAUUGGACGUCCUAAGUUCUGCAGGCACCACUUAUUUUUGCAGUGUGACUGUACAUCUGAACGUUGAGGUAGAAGGACAUGGUGAGACAGAGGAGCAAGCCAUUGAGUCUGCCUACAGGGCACUAAGCAUCAAGGAUCUUCAGGCUGGUGAAUCCUAUAAGGGUGUAAUUCAGCAACACUUCUUAAAGUCCGGUUUCCAGCUGCCAGCAGAACUUACCACCGCUGGUUCUGAUGGGAGGGCAUGUUGCAAACUGAUGCUGUCCGGACCUUUUACUUUUCAGGGGGAAGAGGGCUCAACCAAGAAAAAGGAUGCAGAGCAGCAGGCUGCUAAAGCGGCCCUCUGCCGGCUGGCUAAGGUCCUUGGCAGAAACAUGUCUGGAAAAAACUACAAGGGUUUGCUGAAGGAGGCGAUGGAAGCGAAGGGUCUGAAACCACCCGAAUACAGAGAGGUUCAGUACAAUGCACAAGAUACUGCAGAUGAUGAAGCAGGUCACAGGAGUUUGCCAGCAAAGGUCCCUGAAGGACCUCAGGACAAAGCGACAGGCCGCGUGGCUCGUCCUGCCACUGCAAAUCAGGAAGCUCGUCCUGCCACUGCAAAUCAGGAAGCUCUUCCU